AGUCAAUUCACCCCGACUCACCUUUACAACUGCACCAUCUAGCGGUCACAUCCGUAGUAACAACGAUUUCUUCGUGUCAUCUAGUAACCGGCAGUCGGUGAUUUUUGUGAUCGAUUUUCAUUUUAAAUGAGAAGAAACCAUCAAAUGCGUAAACCUGAUUGGAAAUCGGUAGAAACACUGAAUUGGUGAAACUGGUCGUCUAUCUGAUAUUCGGGGAGUAUAAUGGCAGCAAUGGUUUAAAAGUAGCUGAUACCAAAGUCAAAAUGGACUCUGAUUCAUUGGACAUUGUUAGGUUAUUUAAAAUGCGACAUAGGAAAGAGUUGACGUGGUCACCAGCUUCAAUACAUCAUUUACUUAAAGAAGUACAAAUCUACCCUAUUUUGUGGAAUUGUAACCAUCCACAUUAUUUAAAUAUGGAGGAAAAAUAUUUGAUUUGGGACACAAUUACACGGAACCUAAGGAGCGCGUUUCCAGCUCUCGCCAUGGAACGACUAACGCUAGGUAGUGUUGUGCAGAAAUUUAUAAAUCUGAAGUCUACUUUUCAACGUGAGGCGAAGAGGCUGAGUAUCGUUUCUAACGACUUUGAGAAUGAACCAAAAUGGAGAUAUUUUCAAGCUUGUUCCUUUAUGUUAAACCCUGGGAAUAGUGACCCAACAAGUACCUCACACUCUCCAAACCAACUGGCAAUAGUACGUGAGCUGCUCUACUCAACUUUUCAGCCGGAUCACCUUGGGAAUCUGGAAGAACAUUAUAACAAGAAGGUAUGCAGAUGGAUCAAUGAUGAUUUUAAUGUAGCUGAAACGACUGAACCCAAGAAGGAAAUCACACCAAGUACAGAAGCUUGCAAUCUUCUUGAAAAGGUGAUACCUGAGGUUAGCGGAGAGCAUUUCAGUAUAUCUUAUCAAGAAGAACAACCUCAGACUUCCAAGUGCAAAGAGACAGUUAAUCUUGUAAUGGAUCAAGAGCACUUUGAUGAAAAAAUUAUUGUAUUUGUUGUGGAUGAGAUGCUCCCAACUUCUGUAGUUGAUAAUCAGAAGUUCAGAGAUAUAUUCACAGGGGUGUAUCCUACACUGAAUUUAAUAUCAAAGAAAUCUCUAGAACAGCACAUUAUUGAGAAGUCAACAACCAUUAAAAACAAAAUUAAGGAUCAACUUGCUAAACAGUCAUAUAUUUGUAUGACAUUUGAUGUGUGGUUGUCGAAAGGCAAAAGCUUUGUUAGAGUUACUGCUCAUUGGAUUGAUGAAGAAAUCCUUGAACGUUGCAGUGCCAGUCUUGCCCUCAAGAGGUUCAGAGGAAAAAGAAUCCUGGAAGAUAAUCAGAUAUCACAGAUACUGAAUGACAUCCUGGAACUUUACUCCAUCUCUCUUAUUAAGGUUGUAGCCAUUAUAACAGGAAGUACAUGCAAUUUUGAAAAUAUGUUGAGAGAUUAUGGUGUCCACUGCUUCAGCAGAAUGGAAACACAUGGUUAUGGUUGUGAAUAUAAUAUUGAUAUUAAUGAUGAUGUUUUUAGUUCUUACAUUGAAACAAAGAUGGAGGAGAUCCUUCCUUUUAAUAUGAGAUGCAUGUCUCGGGUGUUAAGUGUAAUCUGCACAAAGGAUGUUGACUCUGCUUUAAAUGGAACUAUUGGGAAGCUUCACCAUAGUGCCUUCGGAAAAUGCUCUUCAAUAUGGAAACAACUGAGCAGCCCAAAUCAAGCUAAUAUUGUUGAGAGAAUUUUGAAGUGUUCUCCUAUUUUACCAAGUGCAUCUAGUUAUAUUUCAUUACAUGACAGUAUCCAAGUACUUGUGGAGCACAGGACUAAACUUAGUGAUGUGACAAAAGUCCUCAGUUUGCCCCAAUUUGAAGAUCAAGAACUCGACUACCUCAGCGAAUACAUUAUGGUCUUAACACCAAUUGCAAAAGUUUUAAAAAAGUGGCAGCGUGACAAAGAUUGUUUCUAUGGAUGCCUAAUUCCAACUCUGUUUGCAACAGAAAAGAAAUUGAAAGCACUGCUACAAUCUCAAUUACAAUACUGUCAGCCAAUACUUUCAAAAAUUAUAGAAGCAUUUACAAAAAGUUUUGAUAACUUUUUGCACCUUGACAAUUCAGUAAAUGGUGCUAUUAUUGCAUGUGCUUCAAAUCCACAAUUCAAACUUAGGUGGUUAACAAUCAAGGAGGAAAUGAAUACCAUUGAACACAGGAAGAGAGUGCAAGACUUCCUUGUCAUGGCAGUAAAAACAGAAAUCUCAUUAUCAGUGGAAAAACGACAAAAAUAUAAUUCAAAUGAGUCUUUUUAUUAUGGUAAGGACCACACAUCAGCAACAGACAGUGACAUGGCUGAGUUAGAAGUCUCAAAUUAUUUGCAUGAUAGCAGCAAUGUAGUUACAUCCCUCCUUGGAAGUCCCCUGAUAAAAAGAGUAUUUUUAAAGUAUAAUACCCCUCCAUUGACUUCAUCUGCUCCAAUUGAAAGACUCUUUGGCUUUCAAGGAUGUGUGUGUGCACUAAAGGACCAUAAUUUGUCUGACGAGAUGUUUGAAACCUUUCUUAUAUUGAAGGGUAACUUACAUUACUUUGAAUGUAGCAGUUAGCAGUGUCCCAUAUUUAUGUAGAUAUCGGUGUUCAGUAAACUUAAGAAAAUUACUUUUGGGAAAAAAA